AUGGACGACGACGUGGACAUGACCCAACGGCUCCAAGGUUUACUGCAACGGCUGACAGCACGGUUGAGUACGAGAGAAGCAAGCGCCGCCCAAGACCAUGGCCAUGCAACUCAGCCAUCGGCUGUGGGUGGCGGCCGUCGUCCGCUCGCCGGCGCCGUCGUCGGCAGUGCUGAUGAUCAUGACGCGCCACGCGACAACGGUGGCACCCUGCUGCCCGGCGGUGGUCACCUCCAGCUCUUGGAGCCGUUUGAGCAGGAAGCAACAAGCCUCGCGGAAGUCACGGAGAUGUUGCGGCGUGGAUUGUCAAGAAGUGACGAGUUCUUUGAUCAGAAUCAGAUAAUGGAGUUUGCUAUGAGGCUCCGAGACGACGACGACAUCGGCGACAUCCUGGAGCGGAUUUAUGAUCAUGCUGUGGCCGCUGGAGUGCUGCCUCCCCUACCGGCGGCGGAGGAUUCAGAUCAACGCCACCAUAACAACAACGACGACGACGACGACGACAUGCUGGAGGAGCAGAUUUUCUAUCAGGCUUUAGCAGCUGAAGUCCUGAUUCCCCUACCGGAGUGGUUAGAUCAACGCGGCAACGACGGCGUCGACAACCGUGGCUUUGUUGGAGGAGGCGUCCCGGCUUCUUCUGCUGGGGUGGUCGCCGGUCUCGAGAAGCGAAAGUACCAGAGAUCAUCAGCUGGCCAGGAUGAUGGCGACAAGCAGUGCCCUAUUUGCUUGAUGGACUACGUGGUAGACGACGACCUGUGCGUGAUGCCCUGCAAGCAUGGGUUCCAUCACGAGUGCCUCGCCGGAUGGCUGGCGCGUAGCUGUUUGUGCCCUCUUUGCCGCCAUGUGUUGAUGCCCUCGGAGGAGGAGCAGGACGUGCGCCAUAGCCCAUAG